AUGGCUGCUGCCAGCUGCCUGCUGACUGAAGGUCAGUUUCUGUGUCCCAUCUGUCUGGAUGUGUUCACUGACCCAGUCGCCACACCAUGUGGACACAACUUCUGCAAGAACUGCAUCACCAAACACUGGGAUAUUAAUGUCCCAAGCCAGUGUCCUCUUUGCAAAGAGGUUUUCUACACAAGACCAGAGCUGCGGGUCAAUACUUUGAUUUCUCAGAUGGUUGCUCAGUUCAGACAGUCGGCUCAAGAGAAAGCUGACCAAGUGUGUGUUUGUAUGUUCUGUAUGGUUUUAGAGCACAGGACACAUGAUGUUGUUCCUUUGAAACAAGAAUAUGAAGAAAAAAAGGUAGAACUUGAAAAGACAGAGGCCAAAAUUCAGCAGAUGAUUCAGGAGAGACAACAGAAGAUUCGGGAUAUCAAAUACACAGUGGAACUCAGUAAGCAAAACGCUGACAGAGAGACGGCAGACGGUGUUCAGGUUUGCACUAAUUUGAUUGAGGCUAUUGAGAAAAGUCAGGCUGAGCUUAUUGAGACAAUUGAAAAGAGACACAGAACAACAGAAAAUCAGGCUGAAGGCUCUAUCAUAGAGCUGGAACAGGAAAUCUCAGAGUUGAUGAGGAGAAACGCUGAGCUGGAGCAGCUCUCAUGCUCCGAAGACCACCUCCACGUCCUCCAAAGCUUCCCAUCCCUGAAUGCUGCUCCACCCACCAAGGACUGGACAGAGGUCAGCAUUCGUCCACCCGCAUAUGAGGGGACUGUGGCCAGAGCUGUAACUGAGCUGGAAAAGACACUCAGUAAAGAGAUGAAGACACUGCUGGAGGCUGAGCUGAAGAGGGUCCAGCAGUAUGCAGUGGAUGUGACUCUUGAUCCAGAUACGGCAAAUCCUUGGCUCAUCUUGUCUGACAAUAGGAAACAAGUGAACUGUGGAGAUUCAAACAAAAACCUUCCAGACAAUCCAAAGAGAUUUUCUUAUUAUGCCAGUGUCUUAGGAAAACAGAGUUUCUCUUCAGGAAGAUUUUACUAUGAGGUUCAGGUUAAAGAGAAGACUAAGUGGGAUGUAGGAGUGGCCAGAGAGUCGAUCAACAGGAAGGAACAAAUCACACUGAACCCUCUGAAUGGUUACUGGACUGUAUCUUUGAGGAACGAAAACGAGUACAAAGCUCUUACUGAUCCUCGUGUCCCUCUCUCUCUGAAGUCAAAGCCUCAGAGGGUGGGGGUGUUUGUGGAUUAUGAAGAGGGUCUGGUCUCCUUUUAUGAUGUUGAUGCUUCAGCUUUUAUCUACUCCUUUACUAGCUGUUCAUUCACUGAGAAACUCUACCCAUUCUUCAAUCCCUGUAGUAAUGAUGGUGGUAAAAACUCUGCCCCGCUGAGCAUCUGUCCUCUCCAUAACAUCAAGUUUAACAUAGCGCAAAUAUAUUCAAAACGAUGGAAAGUUACAUCAAGAAAAUCACAUAAAUGA